AUGGAGUUGGUGUCCAUGGAGGAUCAGGAUGCCAGGGUCCCAGCCCUGGAACCAUUCAGGGUGGAACAGGCACCACCUGUAAUCUACUAUGUCCCUGACUUCAUCUCCAAGGAAGAGGAGGAGUAUUUGCUUCGACAGGUCUUCAAUGCCCCAAAGCCAAAGUGGACCCAGCUCUCUGGGAGGAAGUUACAGAAUUGGGGUGGGCUCCCCCAUCCCCGGGGGAUGGUUCCUGAGCGGCUGCCUCUGUGGCUCCAGCGCUACGUGGACAAAGUAUCUGACCUCAGCCUUUUUGGAGGUCUCCCAGCCAACCACGUCCUUGUGAACCAGUAUCUGCCUGGGGAGGGCAUCAUGCACCAUCAGCCUGGGCUCCCACACCAUGCUGGACCUCUACGAGCCGCGGCAGCCAAAGGACGAUGACCCCGCAGA